AUGUUUUUUCCACAGCAUCAUCGAUGGCUCGAACGUUCCCACGGAGCCUGUCUACGUGGCCAUCAUUACCGCCGUGGCGAGGGAGGCGGCAUCCAUGGCGAUAAUCGACUCGGUGGUAACUCCCUCUUGGACUGCGUGAUUUUUGGCCGAGUUGCGGGCAAGGCUGCCUGCAAGUGCGCAUGUGGAGAUGUGGACAAGUUCAAGCCCUGCCCUACUCCUAACGAGAUCAAGGAGGAGAUUGUCGCCAGGGCUCGGCAAGACUGGUCGAGCCAGAGUGCCGGGAAGUCCAACGGCUUCCGUUCCGACCAUGCCUUCACAGCGGAGUUCCUGCUCUUCUAUCUGGAUUUGUGGCGUGGGGGCAUGGUGUCCAUCUUCGAAAUGCUGAAGAUCUUCGUGGAUCUUUUCGUGAUCAGAAAGAUGUCGCCCUUGGUGCUGACGAAGGGAACCAUGCCCGCUUUCCCGAAGUAG